AUGCCACCAUUCACACCCGGGCAAUGCCUCUUAUGUCCCAAUCCUUCACCAAACUUUUCUGAGAGUAUAAUCCACAUGCAAAAAUCACACGGCCUGUUUAUUCCACACCAAGAACACCUAGCAGUGGACCUCGAGACUCUUGUUGAAUACUUGUAUCUCAUUAUCUUUGGAUACCGGGAAUGUAUACAAUGCGGAACCGAGAGAGCCACUGUACAAGCUGUACAGCAGCACAUGAUCGGCAAGGGACACUGUCGAUUUGAUAUCUCGGAAGAAGACUCGGAAUUUGCCGAGUUCUACGACUUUGAAGACAGCGCCGAAAGUAGCAUUGACGAGGAGACGGAUCAAGAGACGACGGCGGCGACAAGCUCAAGUCUAAAGCCGCCACUGCUGGCUGAUGAAGACUGGAUUCAUUUACCCUCUGGUAAAACCAUAUCGAAAAAAUUAUCAGCACAAGCAGAUCAGCCGUUCAUAACUCGGUUACACCGUCGAACUACUCGGCUCUUGUCUUCACAACUCGAAUACUCCGUGGUUGAACCCGACGAACAAGAAAACUCUAGCAAAGAGGCAGCGGACACAAAUAAAACACAAGCAUUAUCGAAGCGAGAGAAACGAGAAAAGGCAAUGGUCACAUACCAGCUAGCGAAUAUGACCGCAAACGACCGAAGUAGCUUAAUGCACUUGCCCACGUCUCAACAGCGCUCUAUACUAGCGGCGCAACACAGGCACGAAGACAAGAUGCAGAAAAUAGAGAGACAAAGGCAGACUCGAAUUGAGCGCAAAGGGAACAAGAAUUUGUAUGCAUACUGGAACACUGAGACGCCUGUUUAUCAAUGUGGUUAG